AUGUCUUUACACGAGGAAAAAGAAGGUGUCUUGAAUAAUGCGUUCUCUCCGGCACCACUGCCCGAGUCUGAUGGAUCAGAAGUCGAAAAUCAACCGCCCAAAGAGCCUGCAACACCACCUCCACCUCCGAAUGGAGGUCUUACUGCUUGGCUCCAAGUAGCAGGAGCGUUCUUCUUGUUCUUCAAUUGCUGGGGCGUGGUCAACACCUUUGGCGUCUACCAAAGCUACUACGAAGACAACCUACUGUCUGGAUACUCCGCAUCUUCGAUUUCAUGGAUAGGCACAGUCCAAGGCUUCCUACUCCUAACUGCAGGGGUAGUCGUAGGACCUAUCUAUGACAAGGGCUAUCUUACAUCCCUCAUUGCGGCGGGCACAUUCCUAGUCGUGUUUGGACUAAUGAUGACUUCGCUCGCGACGAAGUACUACCAGAUUUUUCUGGCACAGGGCGUUGUCGUUGGUCUUGGCUGUGCAUGCUUGUUCCUGCCGAGUGUUGCUAUCGUGGCAACUUAUUUCACUUCGCGGCGAGCACUAGCGACUGGUAUCACUGCCUCGGGUGGUAGUAUCGGAUCUGUAAUCUAUCCCAUUAUGUUUCACAAGUUAAUCGGACCCUUGGGCUUUGGCUGGACAACCCGAAUCAUCGCUUUUGUCACCCUAGGCGCACUCAUCUUCUCCAUUGCUGUGAUUAAACCACGUCUCCCACCACCAAAGCAAUCUCGAUCUCUAAUCGACAUGUCCGCGUUUAAAGAACCGCCCUUCCUCCUCUUAUGCUUGGGCUUUUUCUUCUCCUUUGCCGGCUUAUACUUCCCAUUCUUCUAUCUCCCAACCUACUUCACCUCCUUCCUCCACUCCGACGGAGAUAUCGCGUUCUAUAUAAUCGCCAUUCUCAACGCGGCUUCCGUCUUCGGCCGCAUCGCGCCAGGCAUCCUGGCCGAUCACUUCGGAUCCCUGAACACCAUCAUACCGAUAAGCUUGAUCGCAGCCGUGCUAGCAUUUGCAUGGAUUGGAAUUCGAAAUGAGGCGGGUACUAUCGUUUUCGCUAUUCUGUAUGGUUUCGCUUCGGGGGCGAUCGUGUCGUUGCCGGCGACUAUUCUUGCCCGACUCACGUCUAACUUGAGUAUCUUGGGCACGAGAAUGGGUAUGUCUUUUACCUUUGCGGGGUUGGGGUUGUUGAUUGGAAAUCCUAUUGCAGGGGCAUUAUUGAAUAUUGAAGGGGCGGUUUUCUGGAAGGGACAGCUGUUUAGUGCUGUGAUGGUUGCUGUUGGGACGGGGUCGUUUUGUUUGUUGCGGAUCCUGAAGUGGAAGCAGGGCGAAGGAUGGAAGAUUUAG